AUGCUGCGCCGAAGAAUGGGAUACUCCGACCCAUCGUCGGGUAAAGAUAUACUUGGCAAUAGAUCUCUGUGUUUUAUUUUUAUUUGCGCAUUUGGACUCGUCACACUAUUGCAACAGAUUCUCUAUGGAAAAAACUACAUUAAAAGUGCGCAACAGUUUAGCCGACUCAAAGGGGACGAGACAGGAAAUUGGACCGGUCCCGUUAAUUUCUCGGAUGAUGGAUCUCUGAAGCCUGCCAGAAAUGGAAGGAAAAGAUGUUUCCGUCAGAAUUUUCAGCCAGAUUCACAGAUCUCCGUAAUAGUCACACCCUGCCUAGCCGAUAUUAAGAAGAAAAAAAAACGCUCUCAAAGGUAUCUGGAAAACUAUGAUGGCUCCUUUGAGUACAACUCCACAGCAUGCAGGGAGCUCAGACAGGAGAUUAUGGACGUCAAAGUCCUGACAAUGGUGAAAACCUCAGACCUGUUUGAGAGAUGGCGAAACCUGCAGGUGUGUAGAUGGGAGCAGAACAAGGAGGAGACAAGCAACUUCAAGAUGUCUCUGUCUCGCUGCUGUAAUGCUCCUUCCUUUCUGUUCACCACCAAGAGGAACACUCCCGCAGGGACCAAACUGAGGUAUGAAGUUGACACCAGUGGUAUUCUUCCCAUUGCAAAUGAGGUCUUCAAGAUGUUCCCAGAUGAUAUGCCGUAUUCCAAAUCACAGUACAAGAAAUGUGCUGUUAUUGGAAAUGGCGGCAUCAUCAAGAACAGCAAAUGUGGAAAGGAAAUUGACUCAGCAGAUUUUGUGUUUAGGUGCAACAUACCACCUAUUAAUGAGAAGUACACAGCCGAUGUUGGUAGUAAAACAGAUCUGGUGACAAUAAAUCCGAGCAUUAUUACUGAGAGAUUUCAGAAGCUGGAGAAAUGGCGGCGUCCGUUUUACGAAGUUCUCCAGAAUUACGAGAACUCCUCAGUGGUGCUUCCUGCCUUCUACAACACCCGCAACACCGAUGUAUCGUUCAGAGUUAAGUACAUGCUGGAUGACUUCGACUCCCAGAGAGGCGUGUUCUUCUUCCACCCGCAGUACCUGCUCAACGUGCAGCGUUUCUGGGCGGUGCAGGGGGUCCGGGCCAAACGGCUCAGCAGUGGCCUGAUGCUCGUAACUGCCGCCUUGGAAAUGUGUGAGGAAGUCCACCUCUACGGUUUCUGGGCGUUUCCCAUGAACCCCUCUGGCAUCUUCAUCACUCACCAUUACUAUGACAACGUCAAGCCACGGCCAGGCUUCCACGCGAUGCCCCAUGAAAUUUUCAACUUCAUUCACAUGCACACUCGUGGGAUCAUCAACGUACACACAGGGCAGUGCACGUGAUCCCUCACUCCAACAUUUAACAUUUUACUAUUUAGUUUGUUUACUUUAAAUCAGGUUUCUCUAAUGUGUUUUAUUUCGGUCAAUGGGACAUUUCACUAUUUUCUUCCUGUUUAAAAAGGGGGUUCAGAGCGUAUACUUCUUUGCUGUCACCAAUUCAACAACAUGUUGAAGGUUGCUUGCUUUCAUCGGCAACAUAUUUCUCUUUUUGAUGUGUAUCUUAAGUUGUUUAUUUAGCCAAUCAAAUCACUAUGGUUGUCUCUGAGUCUCUCACCAUAGGUGCUUGUUUAUAAUGUGAAAAGUGUUCUUCAUAGUGAUGUUGUUUCUGUGAAGUUUUCUAGUGGCUCUGCUGUAAAGAGGUGUUGUUUUCUACUCAACGUUGCACAGAUAUUUACGCUGAAAUGGGCAGCAGUGGGUGUCUUUCUGCCCCCUCAUUCCCCCUCUCUACUCUCUGUAUGUCGGACACUCUGCUGAUGUGGCAGCUUUUAAUGUUUGUGUAAAACAAAACCUGAACCUUGAUUUCAAGCUAAUAUUUCAAAAAGAAGAAAAAAAAGAAAAUUUUAAAUGUCCAAUUGUCUACUUUUGUAAUCUGUUUCCUAUUCACCUAGAGUCACUGGGUGGAUAUUUUAAAACACUAUUUUUCAACAGUGUUCACGGUUUUCAGUGGCCUCCCUUCUCCCAUUUAAAAAUGUCCUCCGAUAUUUCUGGUGAAAAAAGGGUGUAUAAGAAAAGAUGUGAAGAGGUGUGUUUUGGCAAAAGCCAGAUAAAUAUUUUGCAAUGACACCGCCUCAGCAAAUCUUUGACAUUUUCAAAGCCGUCCAAUUUGUAAAGCAACAUAGCACUGAGCAACCCAGCCUCUAGCUGUCAUUCAUGUCUUAAGCCAUGCUGCCUUAUGAGAUAUCAAACCCCUCUAUAUGAUAUGCAAUGCACCCAUGUGUUUUGCUUAUCUACAAAUACAUUACCAUAAAACUAAAUCUUAGUUUGUCUCCUUGAAUCGAAGGACAUUUAAGACCGUCUGAGGUAUAGAAAUUCAUGUGCAGUUCUCAUCUUAUAUUCUAUUGGAAUUAGCUAAGUCUUACUCCCUGUAAACUCCAUUCAUAAUCAUGUAAUGCUCUGCAUGACUUUACUCUGUACUUGGCUUUGUGUGUGCCUGCUUCAAUGAUCACUGAAAUAUGUUUACACUCUGCUGAAGCUCACCGUGCUUUUGGAGAAAUACACAAACCUUUUCACAGAAAGUUGAAUGAAGUCAUUGAAGUGAACUGUAUAACAGUGGAUGCAGUUCUCGUUGAUUAAAGAUACAAGAAUAUGGUUGCAGCCCUUUUGCGAAGUGCUACAACACUUUAUUUACUGUAUUAUUUUGCCUUCUUCUUUGAACUGUGAACAUUCAGUCUACAUUUAAGCACUAGAAUGCUAGUUUUUUUUAACUGUUAUUUUCUUGUACACUGCAAAAAGGUUUAAACAGACUGUAAUUUAAUCUUUUGGCACUUCUCUGUUCAUGCUCGGCUGUCCAUUACAAUUGAAGGACAUCGUUGGCAAUAAGAUUUAAACAUGUUUCUUUCAACAUUUAUUCAGACUCUUUGUGUGUUUAUGCACAAGAGUAAUGAGUUCAGCAAAUUUGACCACCAAUAACGUUUGGCUUGACCGCUAAAUUGUUGUACAGACACAAGUGAAUCAAGAAUG